AUGAGUACCUACUCGAGUGGCUGGUCUCUGGUGUUCAUUGCAGCUAUCGAGAUCAUGGUCUUCUCCUGGCUAUACGGAGCUAGGCGAUUGAUGAAUGACGUAGAAACCAUGACGGGUGUAAAGCUUUUCAUUCAUUGGUGGGUUAUUUUUACGAUCGUCUCACCACUCAUCCUAUUGGGAAUUCUCUUGUACAGCUUCAUAGACUACACCCCUCCGAAAUACAAUAACGGUACCGACUAUCCGGUCUGGAGCCAGGUGCUGGGUAUGAUGAUGGCCGUCGUAUCGGUAUUCGUCGUACCGAUUAUAUCCGUGUACAUCAUCUGGAAUUCCUACUCGCAGGAAGAGUAUGACGGAUUGAAGUUCCAUAAGAGACUAUGGAAAUUAAUGCACGCCUCUAAAGACUGGAUUCCCUCGACGCAAAAACUGACCGUUCAAGAACUAGAAAAGCAAAUGCCUGCCCAAUAUGUCAAUGAUAGUUUUAUCGAAGAUAAUGAUCAAACAAAUAAUAAUAAUAAUAAUAAUAUUAAUAAUAAUAAUUAUAAUAAUAAUUAUAAUAAUAUUAUUAUUAACGAAAAUGACGAUUCCAAUGUCGCCAGUUUUUAA